AUGCCUUUUCGCUGUGGCGGUGUCAUAAUAAGUGAAUAUCACGUGCUCACGGCUGCACAUUGUAUUUUGGGAUCUCCAGAAAAAGAAGCCAAUAGAAUAGAAGUCGUUGCUGGAAGUAACAAGCUAAUUGAUCGAAAUUCAGUGGUACACAAGGUGCAAUCAAUCGUUGUACAUGAUCAACCUCGUCUUUUUUAUAAUACUGGCGAUAUUGCUAUUAUCAAAGUUAAAGAACCCUUCAAGUUUAACGAUAAAAUACAUCCCGCUAUAUUACCACAUCAUAAUUAUGUAGUACCACCUGAAACUUUGGUUGUUGUUACUGGAUGGGGUGAGACUGAAGAGAUGUAUGUGGCAGAUAGUUUACGCGUUAUAGACAUGAAAACUGUCGACAUAGAAGAAUGCCGAAAAUCUUGGAAAAAAUGGUUUGGAAAAACUGUCCUGUUUCAAAAAUACAUUUUAGAUUUCAACAAGGUAGUUGAUCAUUCUAUGAUAUGUAUUCAAGGUGAUAAAGGUCAAAGUGCAUGCGCUGGUGAUUCUGGUGGACCAGCUGUAACGAUCGAAGGAAUAGUGGUGGGAAUCGUCAGUUUUGGCAGUCGUCCUUGUGGCAAUAUGGUGGGUAAUGCACCCGAUGUUUAUACCCGUGUUGCUCAUUACAUACCGUGGAUAAAAAAGCACACAGAACCACAAAUUCAAGCAGUUCAGAUAUAGAAGGGAAAAUAAUUCUGAGAGCAAA